AUGGAUCUGAAGGUUUUUGUGGACACGGACUCAGAUGAACGUCUCUCCCGACGUAUUCUGCGCGACACGGACUUGCGUGGUCGCACCGUUCCUGACAUCCUUCUGCAGUACAACUCCAGUGUUAAGCCCGCUUACGAUCAGUACAUCGCACCUACGAUGUCCAUUGCAGACAUCAUCAUUCCCAGGGGUGGUGAAAACAACGUGGCGAUUGAUAUUAUUGCCCGGCACGUGGAAAAACGCCUGAAGGAGGUUUGUCCUCUAUCCUCUUACGCCUUCUCUUAUCAUAUCUCCCCCUCUCCAUCCGUGUUGUCUCUUUACCUUAGGCUGACCGACGUCUUCUCUCGUGACAACUGCCGCAAAAAUCCCAGUCAAAUGGUCAUAUUCUUUGAACGUGACCUAGGCAGUUAA